AUGGCCAAUACAGCGAACACGCCGUUCCGCCGCUGGGCGAGAGCGAAUUUCACCACUAGCUGGCUCUAUCCUCUGAUGGGUAUCUGGUUUUUCUUGAAGCAUAGAUACAUGUGGCCACUUCUUCGAGCUAAAAUGCUCCCUCUAGUCGUCAUGUCAAUCUUCAUCCUGGUCAUCCUCUUCUUGACAGCCUACCUCCCUCAAGUCGCUCUUCUCAAACUCUUCCACAAAGGAGGCUCCGCCUGGGUGAACGGCACUUUCCUGGUCCUGACCGAAGGAAACCUCAUCAUCGCGCUCCUCUUUGAAGCUUUCCUGGUCGACCACACUCAAGUUGAUGUCUUCGAUACCGUCAUGGUAGCCAGAGGCCAUGCAGAGCUCGUCAAAGCAAAACGGCCUGUGGAUACCGAAGAGCCCGAAACCCCUCUCAAGGCGCUGGGACCCCGCGACAAGGGUGCAGUCUUUGCUCCCUUUUCUUUCCGCCAGUUGUUUGAGUUUGUGGUGCUGUUGCCGCUCAACUUUAUUCCUUUCGUUGGAGUUCCUUUGUUCUUGAUCUUGACUGGUUAUCGUGCUGGUCCUUUGCUGCAGCGCCGUUACCAUAAUCUCAAGGGGAUGAACAAGGAGCAGCGCAAGGUUUUCAUUCGCAAUAAGUCGAUGAGGUUCCAGUACAUGUGGUUUGGUACUGUUGCGUUGAUUCUGCAGCUUGUUCCUGUCCUGAGUAUGUUCUUCUUGAUCACAACUGCUGCAGGAAGUGCACUAUGGGCUGCGGAUAUGGAGGAUCGUAAGCGCAGCCAGGAGAAUGCUAUCGAGGAUGAGUACACCGAUGAACCUUGA